CAACUAUGAAUUGAGCUCCUUCAAGUGAAGCAAAGUUAUAGCACUGUCUGCCUGAAGAAAAGCAGGAGCAGAGCACAAAUCUUCAGCACUGACGUUUGUUGUUUUAUUUAAAAAAGAUGGAUCAAAUAUAACCCACAUUACUCGAAUCUGCAGAACUAGAAUCCACAUUUUGGGGAGGAUCAGAGGACAUCUCUCUCCAACACGUCACAGAUACUUAUGAGACCCCAUGGACCAAGACUCAGAGUGUGCUCGGUUUGUGGAUGCCCACUGGGCUACACUUGUCCAGAGAGUGAAAAUGGUGAUGCCGAUAGUGGAUGAGCUACGGUCAGGUAGGAUGCUGGAGUGGGAGCCAUACUGUAAGAUCAGAGCAGCAGAUACUAACCAGGAGAAAAUGAGAGAGCUUUAUGAAGUGCUGCACUCUGGUGGAGACAAGGUUAAAUCUGCCUUUUAUUCUCAACUGGUAAAGCAGGAACCAUAUCUGUUUAGAGCCUUGGGUUUCACUGAGUAUCACACAAACUCUGAAAAAACACAAUCCUCAGAAAUCAGCUCAGUGAUUCUCAAAUAUAAGAAGCAGAUCUGCAGUGAAUACCAGUAUGUGACAGAGUAUAACUCACUGCCUGGUGAAUAUGUGCUGCUGUCUGAGCGCUUCACACAACCUCUGAUCCUUCAGAGACACAGAGAUCAAAAAGAGAGAGAAGAAGAGAUCUGCUCCAGUGGAGAAAGCUUUCAGCAGGUCCUCAACUCCAGGAACAGUCAUAAAUCUUCCUAUUUUAGCUCUCUGUUCAACCCAGGUGACCACAGAAUCAGCCCCAGUGCUAUUAUACUGCAAGGAAAUUCAGGGAAUGGGAAAACUUUAACUGUGCAGAAGAUCAUGCUGGACUGGGCGUCUGGUGACCUCUACAAAGAGCGGUUUGAUAUUGUGUUCCAUUUAAAGUGUAAAGAAAUAAACUGCAUUUAUGGCAAAAAGAGUUUGGUGGAGAUCUUGAGCUACAGCUGCAGUUUAACAUCAGACGAGAUCUCACAGAUUCUACAGCAGUCACCAGAGAAGCUGCUUUUCAUCAUUGAUGGAUUUGAUGAGCUCAGACUCACACAGGAUGUUUAUCACAUGUCACCAAACACCGAUCCGCUUCAAAAAGCCCCACCUGAGGUCACUCUUUGUGCCCUGCUGAGGGGUCGAAUCCUGCCAGAGUCCUUCCUGCUGGUCACCACCAGAUCUACAGCUACAGACACACUGGGUAAACUGCUCAAAGGACCUCAGCGUUUCACUGAGAUUAUGGGUUUCUCUGAGAUGGGGGUGGAGGAGUACUUCAAGAAGUUUUUUCAGGAUGAGGAACUCUUCAGGAAAGCAUAUGACUGUGUGAGAGCAAAUGAAACUCUCAUCACCGCCUGCUCCAUCCCUGUCAUCUGCUGGAUCAUUUGUACAACUUUCAAGGAACGAUUUAAAGAUGGUGCAGAUGUAACAAGUGGACUAGAAACCACCACCUCCAUCUACGUUGACUUUGUGUCCACUCUACUGGAAUAUCACUGCCAGGGUUUGAGUCAGUCUGUCCCGAGCCUGCUGAGGAGUCUAAGUCAGCUGGCAGAGAGAGGGAUGCUGAAAAAGCAAGUGCUGUUUGAUGAGGAAAGUGUAAAUGAAACUGUAAUAAACCCUGCUGGCAGUCCAUUCUUGUGCAAGUUCCUCUUUAAAAGAAAAAUCCGCCAGGAGACCAUGUUCAGUUUCAUGCAUCUCAGCUUUCAGGAGUUCUUCACCGCUCUUUACUAUGUCCUUCUGGAAGAAGAAGAGUCCCAGAAGAAAGCGAGAGAUCUAUUAUUCAUGGAUUCAAGUGGAUGUAGUCCUCAUGCAUAUCCUCCACGUUUUGGAGCUGUGGUGCAGUUUGCUUAUGGUCUGUUAAAUAAGGAUGUGAGUCGCACACUUAGGAAGAAACACGGUCUGGUUGUUCAUUCAAAUACACAGGCCAGUCUUAAAGAAUGGAUUUUGAAAGAACUUCGAACUGAUUAUCCAUUUGGGGAUAGAACACUGUUUUGGCUUCACUGUCUCUAUGAACUCCAUGAAGAGGACUUUGUGAAAGAGGCUAUGGAAGCCUGGAAAAAGAUCAAUCCAAGUGAUACAAUCCUGAGAAGAACAGACUGCUGGGCCCUGCUUUACUGCUCUCAGUGCUGUCAGAGCAUGAACGAACUGUAUAUCACUGAUUCUGCAUUAAAAUGUGAAACAUUGUCUAUGAUUUUGCCAGCACUUCCCCGGUUUUGGAAUUUAACGUUUCGCCUUGUAGAUCUGUCAGACUCCUUUCUUGCUGAAUUGAUGUGUACUCUUGUGAGAGGACGGACCCUGAGCUCACUGUGUCUAGGUCCUGAUGCACAUAAUAACGAUUGUUGGAGUUGUUCUAUCUACUCACUUAACCUGUCAGUCAGUGAAGAAAUAUGCAGUAUCCGCAUAGGAACUACAUGGAAUGAAGACCCAGCAGCAUCUGAUAUAUUAUUCAGUCUUACCUUUCCACGCUCAGAUCUAAUUAACAUCGACUGGACCAAACUUACUCAGAUACUUCACCAAAGGGAUUCAGAUGCAUUCAUGUAUUUUCUCUGUUCUUUCUGUAAACUGACAAAGAUGAAAAUGAAAAUAGGCUGUCUGACUAAAAUGUGGUCUUUUUGGACCCUUCAAAUUGUCCAGAACUGCCCCAGUCUGACAGAACUCAAGGUAGAUGCUGACUUUUUACAGGAGGAGGUAAUCAAGGUCUUGCAGAGGUCCUACACGAGACCAGCAUGUAUUUUGGGAGUUCACGGGUUCAUAUGCAAUAAACAGUCUAAAAAAUGCACAAACAGUAACAACUGGCAUCAGAGAUGCAACCAGAGGGUGACAAUUUACGUGAAUUCCCAAGGCUUUUCUAUGGAGAAUGAGCGAACGCCCUUAUUUUGGGACUAAUGGUACAGAUCAAUAAAUAGUAGAAAACUGCAAAAGCAGCAUCUUUACCUAGAGGACUGGAAUGAAGACAGCAGCCAAAUGUAUCUAACAUGCAUUUACAGUGAUUUUCACAGUACGGAUUGUUUCAUAUCAGCUUUACAGAGCUUUGAGGAUUGAGGCGGGGGGACCAAAGCUAAAAACGACCCUUAUUUUUAUGCAGAAAACAUGCAGUAGUAAAUGCAAACCGGUAGAUCGUCAUAAGGAUAAUAAAUUAUAAAAUCUGUGUGACUGCUUAUAGGAUGUUAAAACAAAACUGAGAAAUGUUGUGCCUGUAAACACUGAAAUACCUGGAAGAAUGUAAGUGAAGUGCCACUGAACUUUUUAAUUAUUUUCUCAGCUGGUUUAUAACAGAUAGUGUAGAAUCAUAUAUGUUAACCUUAUUUUAUGAAUCUCACAGUAACAUAUCUGUUUUGUAGUUUUGAUGCUGGUUCAAAGGGCUCUGAUGGUGCUGAGUGUCUCCCUGGUCUUUUAAUGGAUGAGGGAACAUAUUUAUGCAUCCAUCAUCUUUUGAUACUCACUUGACCAAAUGUGAGAAAUUCUGAUAUAUAAUCUUUUAAUGUAUCUAUUAUCUGUCUUUUAAAAUUAAGUGUCUUUAUGAUGUCAUUUCUGUGAAGACCACUGCACUCAUCAACCUGAGCAGAUCAAGGAGCUGAUGCCUGAUGUAAAAAAUUAAGCUGUUGAAGAGGUUUUUUGUUUGUUUGUUUGUUUGUUUUCUGGUAAAAGAAUAACUCCAAAUGUUUCUUCAGGGUGGCAUCCUUGUCUAAAGGGAAUUUAUAGCUAAAUCUGAAAUUACACUGACAGCACAAAAAAUAAUAAUAAUAAUAAAUAAUAAAAUAAACUAAAAAAAUCACUGGAUUUAUUUGAUGUCUGAUUAUAAUUUUAAUAUAUCUUUGUGUUAGACAUGAUAGUCCUAGGCCUGAUCAAGCAAGCUUAAAUACAAUAAAAUUAUUUGUUGCUGGUUUGAAAUGAAUAAACUGUUGUGAUCACUUUCACAGCCUUUAA